UGUCCCGGGCGCAGGGCGCGCGUGCGGCGGCGGCGGCGGCGGGGAGGGGCCGGCCGCGCCGCGCUCCCCUCCUCCCCCUCGCAUCCCCGGCCCCGCGCGCGCCCAGCAGAAGCGGGUCUCUGUGUGCGUGCGUGCGAGUGAGUGAGUGUGUGCAUAUUUUUUUCUCUUUUCUUUCUCUCUCACUGUUUUUUCCUCUCUCUCUCGCUCCCUCUCUCUCUCUUUUUUUUUUUUUUUUUUUGCAAAGAAACAGCAGCGCCGCCGCCGCUCCGCCGAGGCGCUGCGCCCCCCGGGGGGGGAGGCGGAGGAGGCGGGCAGCGGCGGAGGGAGGGGAGCCGGGGAGGGGGGCGCCGCGCUGGGAGGGAGGCAGCGCGCACGGUGCAGCCGGGCCGGGCGGGAGGCAUGGCGGGGCCCCCGGCCCUACCCCCGCCGGAGACGGCGGCGGCCGCCACCACGGCGGCCGCCGCCUCGUCGUCCGCCGCUUCCCCGCACUACCAAGAGUGGAUCCUGGACACCAUCGACUCGCUGCGCUCGCGCAAGGCGCGGCCGGACCUGGAGCGCAUCUGCCGGAUGGUGCGGCGGCGGCACGGCCCGGAGCCGGAGCGCACGCGCGCCGAGCUCGAGAAACUGAUCCAGCAGCGCGCCGUGCUCCGGGUCAGCUACAAGGGGAGCAUCUCGUACCGCAACGCGGCGCGCGUCCAGCCGCCCCGGCGCGGAGCCACCCCGCCGGCCCCGCCGCGCGCCCCCCGCGGGGCCCCCGCCGCCGCCGCCGCCGCGCCGCCGCCCACGCCCGCUCCGCCGCCGCCGCCCGCGCCCGUCGCCGCCGCCGCCGCCCCGGCCCGGGCGCCCCGCGCGGCCGCCGCCGCCGCCACAGCGCCCCCCUCGCCCGGCCCCGCGCAGCCGGGCCCCCGCGCGCAGCGGGCCGCGCCCCUGGCCGCGCCGCCGCCCGCGCCAGCCGCUCCCCCGGCGGUGGCGCCCCCGGCCGGCCCGCGCCGCGCCCCCCCGCCCGCCGUCGCCGCCCGGGAGCCGCCGCUGCCGCCGCCACCACAGCCGCCGGCGCCGCCACAGCAGCAGCAGCCGCCGCCGCCGCAGCCACAGCCGCCGCCGGAGGGGGGCGCGGCGCGGGCCGGCGGCGCGGCGCGGCCCGUGAGCCUGCGGGAAGUCGUGCGCUACCUCGGGGGCAGCGGCGGCGCCGGCGGCCGCCUAACCCGCGGCCGCGUGCAGGGGCUGCUGGAGGAGGAGGCGGCGGCGCGAGGCCGCCUGGAGCGCACCCGUCUCGGAGCGCUUGCGCUGCCCCGCGGGGACAGGCCCGGACGGGCGCCGCCGGCCGCCAGCGCCCGCCCGUCUCGCAGCAAGAGAGGUGGAGAAGAGCGAGUGCUUGAGAAAGAAGAUGAUGAGGAUGAUGAAGAUGAAGAUGAUGAAGAUGAUGUGUCAGAGGGCUCUGAAGUGCCCGAGAGUGACCGUCCUGCAGGUGCCCAGCACCACCAGCUUAACGGCGAGCGGGGACCUCAGAGUGCCAAGGAGAGGGUCAAGGAGUGGACGCCCUGCGGACCGCACCAGGGCCAGGAUGAAGGGCGGGGGCCAGCCCCGGGCAGCGGCACCCGCCAGGUGUUCUCCAUGGCAGCCAUGAACAAGGAGGGGGGAACAGCUUCUGUUGCCACCGGGCCAGAUUCCCCGUCCCCCGUGCCUUUGCCCCCGGGCAAACCAGCCCUACCUGGGGCCGACGGGACCCCCUUUGGCUGUCCUCCCGGGCGCAAAGAGAAGCCAUCUGAUCCCGUGGAGUGGACGGUGAUGGAUGUCGUCGAAUAUUUUACUGAGGCUGGAUUCCCGGAGCAGGCGACAGCUUUCCAAGAGCAGGAAAUUGAUGGCAAAUCUUUGCUGCUCAUGCAGCGCACAGAUGUGCUCACCGGCCUCUCGAUCCGCCUCGGGCCAGCCCUGAAAAUCUACGAGCACCACAUCAAGGUGCUUCAGCAAGGCCACUUUGAGGAUGAUGACCCCGAUGGCUUCUUAGGCUGAGCGCCCAGCCUCACCCCUGCCCCAGCCCAUUCCGGCCCCCAUCUCACCCAAGAUCCCCCAGAGUCCAGGAGCUGGACGGGGACACUCUCAGCCCUCAUAACAGAUUCCAGGGAGGGGGCACCCUCUUGUCCUCAUCUUUGCCCCUUGUGUCUCUCUCACACACAUCUACCCCUCAGCACGUCGGUGUGGGGAGGGGAUUGCUCCUUAAACCCCAGGUGGCUGACCCUCCCCACCCAGUCCAGGACAUUUUAGGAAAAAAAAAAAUGAAAUGUGGGGGGCUUCUCAUCUCCCCAAGAUCCUCUUCCGUUCAGCCAGAUGUUUCCUGUAUAAAUGUUUGGAUCUGCCUGUUUAUUUUGGUGGGUGGUCUUUCCUCCCUCCCCUACCACCCAUGCCCCCCUUCUCAGUCUGCGCCUGGCCUCCAGCCCCUAGGGGACUAGCUGGGUUGGGGUUCCUCGGGCCUUUUCUCUCCUCCCUCUUUUCUUUCUGUUGAUUGUCGCUCCAGCUGGCUGUAUUGCUUUUUAAUAUUGCACCGAAGGUUUUUUAAAUAAAAUUUUAAAAAAAGGAAAAGGGAAAAAAAA